AGAUUCCUGUCACGGAAGAUGGCCGCUCUCACAAUGAAGACAAGCUACCAUCGUCACCAAAGUCCCCACUCCCUCAACUUGUUCCUGCGGUGCAUCACACGCUUCCCUUCCCCUUUAAAGCCUUGCCUUCGCCACCUGAUUGCAAGAAAGGAGAGGAGCAGCAGCAGCAGCAGCAGCAGCAGCAGCAGCAAUAGGAUAUGGCUGGAUUAAGCGUUCUCUUGGAAGCACAAAACAACUUGACCAAGUACACCCAUAUCAUAAGCAAAACCUCCCUCAUGAAGAACGCUUCUCUACCUUCCACUUGCACGAAUUCUUCUUCCUUCUCCGCUAGCCAUUUCCUCGAACGCUGCUACCUCUGCCGGAGAAGACUACAGCAAGGCAACGACAUCUAUAUGUACAGGGGGGACCGAGCGUUCUGCAGCGUGGAGUGCCGAAACAGGCAGAUAUUUAUGGACGAGGAGAACGGGAGGAGGGACAACUGCUCCCUAGACGCCGAGCUCCAGGCGGAGCGCGGCCAGCCGAGGGUGGUGGCCAGAAAAGGACGGGCCACAGCCGGUGGUUUCGCGUACUAGCACUAGUGCGUAGGUUCUUCCCGGAGGGACCUGGUUUUGAAGAGAGCCGUGAGUUUGGCGUAUUGACCAAACUACCCUCGUCUCGAUCAUAUUUCCCCCUUCUGUCCUCUCCUCUCCUCUCUCUCUCUCUCUCUCUCUCUCUCUCUCUCUCUCUAAAUAAAUAAAUAAAUAUAUAUAUAUAUAUAUAUAUAUAUAUAUAUAUAUAUAAUAUACUGCGCGUGUUACAAUUUAAAUGUAGACUCAAUUGAAAUCAUGUACAUAUAAUUAAGUCAUCCAUACUCACUUUCUCUAUAA